AUGCUUUCCUCGUCUUUAUCAAGUUACUUUUUGCCAUUGUCUUUUCUGGCUGGUGCGGCUCGUUGCGCUACUGUAACACACGACUUUGACAUAGGAUGGACGUACGCGAAUCCUGAUGGCCAGCAAAUACGACCUGUGAUUGGCAUCAAUGGAAAAUGGCCUUUACCACCUAUCAUAGCGAACAAGGGCGAUCGAAUCAUCGUCAAUGUUAAGAAUUCGCUGGGAAACGAGUCUACCAGUCUUCACUUUCAUGGUUUGUACAUGAAUGGUACUACGCACAUGGAUGGUCCAAUUGGGGUUACACAGUGUGGAAUAUCUCCUGGAAGCUCUUUUACGUACAACUUUACUAUUGACCAACCAGGUACAUACUGGUACCACAGCCAUGAGCGUGGUCAGUAUCCAGAUGGUAUCCGUGGACCUCUCAUCGUGCAUGACAACGACAGCCCCUUCAAGGACUUCUAUGACGAGGAAAUCAUCUUGACUCUUUCCGACUGGUACCAUGAGCGGAUGCAACCCCUCUUGGCGAGCUUCAUCAGCAUUGCCAAUCCAUCUGGCGCAGAACCGGUCCCCCAAGCAGCACUUCUCAACGACACUCAGAACUUGACUGUUAAGAUCGAGCCUGGAAAGACCUAUCUCUUUCGUAUGGUCAACAUGGCUGCGUUUGCUGCACAGUAUGUUUGGUUCGAGGAGCAUACUAUGCGGAUUGUAGAAGUCGAUGGCGUCUAUACAGAGCCCACGGAAGCUAACAUGCUGUAUCUCACUGCUGCGCAGCGAUACAGUGUGCUCGUCACCGCGAAGAACGACACAAAUUCCAACUUUGCCUUUGUCGGCAGCAUGGACGAGGAAAUGUUCGACGCGGUACCCGAUGGCUUGAACCCGAAUGUCACGGGUUGGCUCGUCUACGAUGAAAAGAAGGAUAUGCCCGCACCAAAAGACAUUGAUUCCUUUGAACCUUUUGAUGAUUUCAACCUGGUCCCAUAUGAUAAGCAAACAGUCUUGGAUCGCGUCGACAAGAGUGUUACGCUGGAUAUGAACAUGGGUAAUCUGAAUGAUGGAGCAAAUUACGCCUUCUUCAAUGACAUUACCUACGUCAGCCCCAAAGUACCGACCCUCUACUCAGUCCUCUCCACAGGUGCCAACGCCACAGACGCCGUAAUCUACGGCAGUAACACAAACUCUUUUGUCCUCGCCCAAAACCAAGUCGUAGAAAUCGUGCUCAAUAAUAACGACCCCGGAAAACACCCCUUCCACCUCCACGGCCACGUCUUCCAAGUCGUAACCCGCAGCGCCGCCGACAGCGGCCCCUACGACGCAACCAACACCACAACCCCCUCGCCCACGCCCAUGCGCCGCGAUACCAUCCUCGUCCACCCAAACGGCCACGUUGUCCUCCGCUUCCGCUCCGACAACCCAGGCGUCUGGCUCUUCCACUGCCACAUCGAAUGGCACGUCGCGUCGGGUCUAACAGCCACCAUGAUCGAGGCGCCGCUGGCCGUGCAAGCUCAACUCAAAGACAACAUCCCCGCUGACCACUGGAAAGUCUGCGAGGAAAAAGGUGUACCGACCAAGGGCAAUGCGGCGGGGAAUACGAUUGAUUUACGCGAUUUGAGGGGUGAGAACGGGCCGCCGGGACGCGUGCCGAGUGGGUUUACGGCGAGAGGGGUUGUGGCGUUGGUAUUUAGUUGUCUUUCGGCGUUCUUGGGGUUGGGUGUUAUUGGGUGGUAUGGGUUGAGGCCUGUUGGGGGGAAGUGA